UGUUGCUGGUUUUUUCAGGAGCUGCUCGCUCGCAGCCUGAGACGCUGCCUUUUUUUUUUUCCGGGUUCGGAGCCGUUCCGGAUGCUUUAGGCUGCCGGAUGUCUGAUCUCCGGAUAACUGAGGCGUUUCUGUACAUGGAUUAUCUGUGUUUUAGAGCACUGUGCUGCAAGGGACCUCCACCCGCACGCCCCGAGUAUGACCUGGUUUGCAUAGGCCUCACGGGCUCUGGCAAGACCAGUCUGCUGUCAAAGCUGUGCAGUGAGAGCGCCGAAAACAUCGUGUCCACCACAGGUUUUUGCAUCAAAGCAGUGCCAUUCCAGAAUGCCAUCUUGAAUGUAAAAGAACUUGGAGGGGCCGAUAAUAUCCGGAAGUACUGGAGCCGCUACUACCAAGGAUCUCAAGGGGUAAUAUUUGUAUUAGAUAGUGCCUCUUCAGAGGAUGACUUAGAAACUGCUAGAAAUGAACUGCACUCAGCUCUCCAGCACCCACAGUUAUGCACUUUACCAUUUUUAAUACUGGCCAAUCAUCAGGACAAGCCAGCAGCUCGCUCAGUACAAGAGAUCAAAAAAUACUUUGAGCUUGAACCACUGGCACGUGGGAAACGCUGGAUUCUGCAGCCCUGCUCGCUGGAAGACACGGAUACACUGAAAGACAGCUUCUCGCAGCUGAUCCAUUUGUUAGAAGACAAAGAUCCCCAGACUCUCCGACUGUGAAAGCUGUCUGAGCACACAGGCCUGGAGCCCACCAUGUUAGUUCCUCAUUGAUUUUGCUAUCAAGACUCUGAUGGCCUCCAUCUCUAUGUUCCUCUCGUUGCUUCAGUCAUCUCUCUUGUAAAGUGAAUACUCUGUAAGUCAGGUGAAGCAGCAUCGGCAUUAACGUCAAGUACACACUACUGAGAGAGAAUUUAUUCUCUGUUUACCACUAAUUAUCUCCACCGCGUGUCUCUUCCUGCUGUCCUUCUCAGCAUCUCUCCUCUGUGCUAAGACCCAUGGAAUCAUGACUCCUGGAGAUCAAGUCCCUAUGCCAGACUUAAAGACUGUCACCUUCCUGGGGAAGGAAACACAGUCUUCUGUAACUGGGACUCCACAUCGGAUGCAUAUCAUUUUUAAGGUCUCUUGAGGUUUUUAUUUCAUUUGACUAUUUUUUUUUUAGGGUUAUUUUAAAAAAUAUUGAUGCUAGAGACUAUGAGACAAGAGUGAGCGCCAAAAACUUCCAUUAAUCAUCGCAAAGGAAUCUCUUGCCAUAGUCAAAUUAACUUUGACAGACUUAAAGGACGAGAUGUUUCCUUACUUACAUCUGGAGCCCCACUCCUCUCUCUUGAGAGCAAAUACAUGAUUUGGCCUUUUGAGAAAGAGUGAGAAGACAUUUAGGCACAAUGCAUUUGCUAAGUCCUCAAGUUUUUUUUUUUUAACUGUGUACAGUCAAGCCACAACACAAUCCAAGUAUCUUUUUCUUAAAAAAAAAAAAAAAUCAGUGUUUGAUCAAAAUAGAGAACUUAAUUUUUAAAGUAAUAAGAUUUUUUAAACAGGCAAGCAAAGUAUGGUAUAGGCUGGUUAAGGUUUAGGCCAGCAUGGAUUUGGUGACAGUAUCAAGGAAGCACGUGUAUUCCCACUGCAGUAAGUGUAACAGAGUCAGCUACCUCCAUCCAGCAGUGAAGGGUCUAUCAGUAUUUCUAAUGUGAACCUCUAUUUUCAGGGGUUCCAUGUGCCCUUAAAAAUGUAUUGAGACCACACCAGAUAAGUCUUUGCAGGGCUCAGAUAUUCAGUCUCUGGAACUAAUGUUUUUCACAGAUAAUCUCGAUAAUAAAAUUGCCUAGACAUAGCUAUACAGUUCUACUAAAAUUUAGAGCCUUCGAGCUUUUCUAGAUCAGGAAUCAUCUGUGGAUCCUGAGAUUCGUAGAUGAAAUCUUCUUGGGGCACAUUUUGUAGACUUUUGACCACAGCUGAUGCCAAGUGGCCAAACCAGAGACAACUGCUCCCACACCUGAGCAAUAAAACUUGUUUGUAAUUUCCAAGUUGAAGCAACUGAUACCCGCACACCACAGACUCAUGGCACAUUUAUAAGGUGAUGUCAUACCUUUCGUUUCUGAGAAGAUGUACUUAACAUCAUGCAAAUACAAUUCUUGUGGUUCAGUCUUCUAAGUGGAUUUUAAUGUAAUCAUUGCCUUUGAAACAUCUAACACGUCUUUAAGCCUUUUUUUAAAAUAGUGUGGAUCAAAAAAAAAAAGAUGCACAGAGAUUCACACAUAAUUCCAUUUUAGCAUCUUUGAGGUUUUCUUUCUUUUGCUUUUUAACACUGUGUAAUCGUGAGCAGAACAAAACUUCUGUUUCGAUAGCCAGUGACACAGUUCCUGAUGUUGUUCUGUCCUGCUGUGCUCAUCCUCCACACAGAUUCUGUCUGGCUCUCCCGGCAGCUUCAUUAAAUAUAGGAUGUUGUCUUUUUAAGAGCUGGUGGUUAAGCGCUCCUAAGCCAUCUGUUAAAGGACUUCCGUGUGUGUGUGUGUGUGUGUGUGUGUGUGUAUGCACGCUCAUGUGCGUGCCAGGGAUGGGCUUCCCCUCAACCCCAGGAUUGUCUGCAGCUCUCAGCCGGCAGAAUGAAAACAUUAUCAAUCAGUACCCAACAACAGCUGUUUUUGACAAGUUUCUGUCUGACGCCUAAUGCUUUACAACUGUCAGUACGGCUCCUUCUUUGUCUAGCAGGUCAGAGCUGGCCGGCUUGCCGCUUCUACGUGGCACCCUGUCCGUGGAAACCUAGAAUUUGCCAUGUCUUGGAAGUCCACCAAGGGGGGUGGGGGUGGGGUGGUAGGACCGGGGCCCGGAUGGGGAUGGGUGGAUGGGUGGGUGGGAAUUGGGGGUGGAUGUCCUCUUCCUAGGCUUAUGUAAAAUGCCACAGGUGUCUUCGUUUGCAUAUUCAAAUAUUAUAUAGGAAAAACAGUCUGUUAUGUAUUUCUUCACUUAGCUUCUUGUUAUAUUUAUGGAAGUUACUAGUUUUUGUACCUUCUUAGCUAAAGCCAGUUGCCUUUUUUGUAAUGGCAAUUAAUUUAUAUAAAACUUUGUAUCUGCUGUGGUUUACAGUAUUGGUUACUAGUUAACUGCCAUAUUGCCCUGUCUUUCUAAUAAAAAAAAAAUAUUAUUGUAUCUCUACUUCAAAGCUAACCGAUUCCUACAGACAUUUUCUGGAGAACUCCUGCAUACUGUCCCUGAUUUGUGUAUGGCUUCCACUAUCUUCCAAUGCAAAUAAACACUGAGUAGAAUGGA